AUGAUGGAGAAGAUUGUGUUUUACGAGGACCGGGACUUCCAGGGAAAGUCCUACGACUGCAAAGGGAACUCGGCUGACUUGCAUGGCUUCAUACACCGAUGCAACUCAGUCAAGGUAGAGGGUGGCUGGUGGGUUAUGUACGAGCGCAACAACUACACAGGCUAUCAGUACGUCAUUGGUCCUGGGGAGUACAAUGAAUACCGCCACUGGAUGGGCUUCAAUGACUGCAUCAGAUCCUGCAGGAUCAUCAAAAACGCUAAAGGGCCAUGCAAGCUGAAACUCUUUGACCGGCCAAACUUUGACGGUCAGUCUCUGGAGCUGACAGAAAACAUGAAGUCGGUCCAAGAGAAAUGGCUCAGACCAGAAGUCCAGUCCUGCAAGGUCCUGGAGGGGUCCUGGAUUUUCUAUGAGCAUCCCAACUUCUGUGGUCGCCAGUACCUGCUGGAGAAAGGGGAGUACCGACACCACUCAGAGUGGGGAGCUCUGAAAGCGAUUGUGGGCUCCAUCAGAGGAAUCACGGAGAAAUGA